UACAGAAUGGUAUAACGUAUUGCAACCAGAACUAUCUUUCUUCUAUAUCUUUAUCAUGGAACAAGACCCGGUAGAACAAACAUACAUUUCACAAGGAACACCUGAGGUUACUACGGAUACAGAUUCUGAUAAAGAAAUGGAAAACUGUGGCCCCGAAAAAUCAAACAUUGAUCGUUGGGCCUCACUCGAACGAAUUCGGGAGGAAACUCGAAUUGUAGUAUUAGACUACCUAGGUUCGUUACCAGCAGAUAGGCUGACUGCUAGGAACUUUACAAAUUCUGAGAACAGGGCACCUUAUCUUAAAAGAGCUAUAAUUGGCCUGUCGAAGAGUGCUAGCGAUGCCGGAGCUUACGAAUCUAAGAGGAAAAAAUUUUUGGAAAUGGCAAAACUACAGCGAAAGUUAUCCUUGAACUUGAAGAGAGACAUUGAAACAUUUGACCAUAACAAACUCAGAGGAAGAGCAGAGAAGAAAAUGGAUUUUUACAAGAGACCAAAUGAGCUCAAGCUUCCACCGCUUUCAUGUAAAUCUUGCUUUGAUCGUGACCACACUCCUUCUCCUGUGUUAUCUCCCGAGGGUCGUGUUGCUGCACGACUGGACAAGAUCAGUCAAGAAAUUAUGGAAAUGGUGCCUAAUUUAUUAGAUGAGCCCUUGAAAAUGAUUCAAGCAGAAUCUCUGUCAUACGAACAAUUUUGCAAAGCUGCAAGACAUCUUACCUUUGAUCAUCACAUUGUUGGCUGGUCAAAGGUUGCACUAUUGUGCCAUUUUGCUCGUGAAAUAGCCAUUAUUGGAGAGUUAGAUGAUAAGCAGCUUGAGCAGUUAGCUGAACACAGCUUAAGGUUUAUACAAGAGAGUACAGCUGAAUGGAUAGAAAAGAAGGGAGGAUGGGCUGCCUUUGAUGAGGAAGACGAGGAUGACAUACACGACACAAAAAGUCUCAUAAAGAAGUAUUAUGAAAGAGAAGAGAAAGAUGGAAAAGAAGGUCCACAGUCAAGACCAGCCAGUGGUACAAGGAGCAAUAGAAACUCUUGGGAGUCCUGGUUGAAAUAUGGUGUUGCUGCAGCAGCUGUUGGAAUAGGUGUAUGUUACUCACUUGUCAGACAGUAAUCAAGGCUAAAGAUGGAAAAUAUCCUAAGUCAGUGAUAGGCAUUUGUUUGGAAGGGUUGACUUCACCAAAGUCUUGCUGAUAAUGAAGAUAAUAAUCCAACUACUUCUUUGCAGUUGACAGGGGGUAAUUGUUCAUGAGCAGGACCAUAGCUUAGAAGAGAAGCAGAAUGAAGGAGUAACUCCUUUUGCAAUAAUGAGUGUGUGUAUUUUAUGCACAGUGUAUUGGUGUAUGUAGGUAGUUUUAACCAUCCAACACCAGUAGUGAAGAAACUUAAAGAGUGGGUUAUUAAAACCCUUUUAAUCUAUUGAGUUUAGUCAAUUAAUUGGAUUAUUGAUGUAUUAAUGAAUAAUUAAGAAUAGAAGGAUAGGUUUCAUAGAUCUUUUACAGUAACCUAAAUAAGAGUUAAUACAAUCAUGAGAAUUCUUUGCAAGCCUUUAUGUGGUUGUUUUUU